CCAAAAAAACCUUUCACUUUCUCUGUUUUUCUCUCAAACUGAUACAUCAAAAUGGAGGGUCUUAUUCCUUUUGUUUACAAGGCUAUAGUGCAGUUCAAGAAUGGCAAAGAAGGUCCUAUAGGAUCAUGGAUUUGUGAGUCACCUUCAUACUCAUAUAUGAGACUUCCUGGUGAUUCGGGUCGGUUUCAAAACCCUGCUUCAUUCUCUGCAUCUUCACCAUCUUCCAACCCUGCUUCUUCUGCUGCUACCCAGAUCAUUGUUUCUUCUGGUGUUCAAUCUCCACAUCAGUGCUUGACACAUCGUCGAGUUGCAGCAUGAACAUGAACAUGAACAUCUUGGUACUUGCCUGAAGGAAGCUGAAGGUGCAGACCAACCAGUUUUAGUAAAUGAAAAGUGAUCAAUCACUGUCAUAUAGAGGGACUUGAUUCAAGUUUGUGCAUUCAAAUAUUGGGAAGCUCGGUUCUUAGUUUGGACUUUGAAGUUGUGAGCGUGUGGAAAACCAAAAGGGUCAUACGCUUGGUUAGUGGUGGUGUUGUGUAAAUUGUAAAUAUGGGUUUCUGAUUUUAUGGUUAAAGGGUCACUUGAAAUAUGAGUUUGUAGGCAAAUUAAUAAGCAAAAUGUAUGUAUUUCUUGGUCUAA